AGGCUUGUGUAAAUCAACCGCGAGACAUCUCCUAGAUCAAUCAUGUCAGCCACUGAAGUCGAGGUUGCUCGUGCCGUGGCAGCAAUCGAUGUGAUUCAGCCAAUCACGGCAACGACAAAGGAUGCGCCGGCACGUGUUGGACAUCCGACCGAUCAGCUGCAAGAAGAACCUCUCCCUCCCUCCACCCCUGCCGUGAACGAGAUUACCGGCACCAGAUUCUACGUUCUAUUCCUCUCGAUAUGUCUGGUCUUGGUCAUCGCGCAAAUGGACUCUUCCAUCGUCGCCGUGGCUGUACCGGCGAUCACGGACCACUUUCAUACGGUUUCUGAUAUAGGAUGGUACUCCUCGGCUUAUCGUCUGUGUCUUUGCAGCUUUCAGUUCCUGUUUGGCAAGCUCUACAAAAUGUUCAGCUUCAAGCGCAUCUUCCUGAUCAGUGUCGCGCUGUUUCUCAUCGGAAGCAUUCUCUGCUCCGCGGCACAGUCCAGUCUGAUGCUUGUCGUCGGGAGAGCAGUGGCCGGCCUCGCAAGUUCCGGCAUUGUUGCCGGUGCAUUUGCCUUCCUAGUCCGGACUGUUCCCCUCCGCCGGCGACCACUGUUCACAGGCAUCGCUGCUGCGCUGGAAGGAAUCUCGCCAAUUGCUGCUCCUGUGCUCGGUGGCUUUCUCGUCGAGAUCAACUGGCGAUGGUGUUUCAUCAUCAGCAUUCCCUCCGGCGGCCUUGUCUUCAUAUUUCUCGCCAUCUUUCUGGACGAACUCCCUCCGGCCGAGCAGACAACGUGGAAGUAUCGUCUCAAGGAGCUCGAUCUGAUCGGCAAUCUGGUCUUGAUUCCGUCGUUGACCAGUCUCUUCAUGGCGCUCAGCUGGGCCGGAAGCACGUAUGCGUGGAACUCUGCCCAAGUCAUCGCGCUGUUCUGCGUGUUCGCCGUUCUGCUCGCAGCUUUCGCCGUCGAUCAGUGGAUCAAGGGAGACACGGCUACAUUGCCUCCCCGGAUACUCAAGAACCGUAGCAUCUUGGCCGGAUGCGUCUUCACUCUUUGUUGCAGCAGCUCCAUUUAUGUCGUGGAAUACUAUCUUCCAACGUGGCUCCAAGCGGUCAAGGAGUACAGCGCACAGAAGAGCGGUAUCUUGAUGAUACCCGGCGUCGUCGCAUUCCUGGUCGCACUGCUUCUUCAAGGAUCUGCCGUCAACACGGUGGGAUACUACGUGCCCUUCAUGCUGACCGCGUCAAUACUGAUGCCUAUCUUUGCGGGACUUCUGACCACGUUGACGGUUGAGACCGGCAUCGGCACGGUGGUCACGUUCAUGGUGUUCCUGAGCUUUGCGGCAGGCAUUGGCUUUCAGACACCGCAGAUCGCUGUGCAGAACAGUCUACAGGAGUCGGAUGCACUAAUGGGUUUAGCAGUUAUUCUCUUCUUCCAAGGAUUCGGGCCCUCGCUGUUCGUAAUGGUGGCCCAGACGAUCUUCACCAAUCGCCUAUCUGCCAGCCUGGAGCAACUCGGAAGCCCGUUGAGCGGCAAAAGCAUUGAGAACCUGGGCCUGAGCGAUUUGAAAGGGCGUGUUGGCAAGGCGCAACUGCACGACGUCCUCCUUGGACUCGACAGCAGCAUAGUUCAAACAUUCUACCUGCCCGUUGCGCUGGCAUGCGUUACAUUGAUUGGCAGUGCAUCGAUGGAGUGGAAGAACGUGAAGCAUAAGAGGAAUUAGACGACGUGAUGUUCUCAUUAAUGAUUGCAUUAAUGAUUGCAAAGUACAUCAACGAGUCCAACUGCACUGCACUUUCCUCCGGGCGCUUCUAGUGACAAGGCUUGGAGGGAAGCCGCUGCGGAAUUGCCGCGAUGCUAUUGGUCGGCCUUCCCGCCCAGGCUGUUUACUCCCCCAGACAACAUCGCCCUUCACCUCUGCAGCGCAACAA